AUGGAGGACAACAACCAACAGAAUAUUCCUUUGUUGUGUCGGAAAGGCUGUGGUUUUUACGGUAGUCCGAAUUUCGACGGCCUUUGUUCCAAAUGUCACCGAAGUGCGCAAGCCCAGCUGGAGGGUGCCCAGCCAGGCAACCGUGCAUCCCCAUCCAUUGAGUCAAAGCUUUCUAUUCCGGAUUGUCCAGGUGACAAACCCAGACCUGAACACACUUUCCCCUCCGAUAAACCCCAUGUGGCAAUCAAAGUAUCUGCCGAGGCCUCGACUCCCGAACCUGAAAAAGCAGACCUUCCAAGUGAUCAAUCUGGAUCCCCACAACGUGACCUCCAGGCCGAUGCAAAGGCUAUAAGUCUUUCAGAUGACCUCCUAGAUGCCCUCAAAGACAGUAAACCUGGUUCCCCAGGUCAUGUGUAUUUGGACAUAGGCUUUCCAUCGGUAGCCGAUAAACUUCUCCAUGGAAUGUAA